AUGAAGUGUUUCGGCUUCUCUAACGGGGCUAAGAAGGAUGAGUCGACUGCGACAAAAUCCCCUUCGGGGCGAUCGUACUACACCAACUCUACAGAUAGAGAGAUGACCCGAUCAGGGUCUCUAUUCAACUCUCUGAAUGUGUCUGAAAUCAGUAUGGAAUCACUGGGGAGGAAUGAGUACCCAAGUUUUUCUCAGCACCCGAGCAACCUCAGGGUAUUCACCUAUUCUGAGCUGAAGAGCGCCACAAAGAACUUCAGUCGUUCUCUGAUGGUCGGUGAAGGAGGGUUCGGAUGCGUUUACAAGGGGACGAUCAAGAGUCUCGAAAGUCCUCAUUCUAGACAAGAAAUCGCCGUGAAACAGCUGAACACAAGAGGCUUGCAGGCAAGGUUCUCUUACACCGGUUUAUUUGCAUUAUAAAACGGACAUCCUCUCAUUUCUCAAAAAAAGAAAAGAAAAAAAGAAGCCAUCAUCGGGAAAUAAAUAACUUUAACCAAUACUCACUGAUCGCUUGAGUUAGCUCGUUGAAGCAGUUCACAUUAAUGCUAACUUUAGCUUAUGUUUACCAGCGGGGAGAUGCAUAGUAGUGUAUCAGCUUUUCAUACAGUUUGUGGCAGAAACACGAAAAUUUCUUAGUUCUCUAAUAUAAGAUUAUCCGAUGAAAACUAAUUCAUAUUGUUUGCAAGUCAUAUCUCAUUAGAUGCUAAUUCAGUCGAUGGGUAUCUUCUUUUAUUAAGUUUUUCCCCACGGAAGAAGGUAAAUCCUCAUGAAUUCCUAUGUUACUCAGGGGCAUAAAGAGUGGUUGACAGAAGUAAACGUUCUUGGGAUAGUGGAUCAUCAGAAUCUUGUCAAAUUAGUGGGUUAUUGUGCCGAAGAUGAUGAAAGGGGGAUUCAGCGACUAUUGGUUUAUGAAUUUAUGCCUAACCGAAGCGUUGAAGAUCAUUUGUCAGCUCGGUCAGCUCAGACUUUGUCAUGGCCCAUGAGAUUAAAGGUUGCCCUCGAUGCUGCCCGUGGAUUAACAUACCUUCACGAAGAAAUGAGUUUUCAGGUAUUUCUAGCUUCCUUCCUCCUUUUGCCGUCCAUAUUUUUCACAUAAAUUAGUCACGUCUUCAUGUACUUCUUAUUCGUACUCUUUGCUUGAGAUAAGUUGCCAUAGCGUAUGCGCUUGGAUGGUUCAGGCUGACUCUGUUCGAUUGACUGCUGACAUUGUAGUCAUAUUGAGCUAUUCCAGUUUUUGAACAGAUUAAUCCUUCCAUAUGAUGCUUUUGACUUUUAGCUCUGACUUCUGCUGAUAACAUUCUAAAGGCCAUGAUUUUUCCUAUGCAGAUAAUCUUUCGUGAUCUGAAAACAUCCAACAUACUAUUAGACGAGAAUUGGAAUGCCAAGCUUUCUGACUUUGGGUUGGCUAGACAAGGGCCGGCAGAGGGAUUGAGUCAUGUGUCAACGGCGGUAUGUUCGUAUCACAAUUUUAGCUAUCUUUACGCCCAGAUAUAGUACCCUGCUCUUAUUUGAAGUACCAUUCAAAUGAUCGGUAGUGAAGAUUUCACCACAUAUUGCAGCAGAUUUUGAGUCCCGAAAUAAUGGGCCAGUUCGACACUUCGAAAAAAAAAGAAGAGAGAAAACUGCUAACCGGUUACUCAUUUCCUAAAGUUUCCUAUUUCAAUGAAUCAAUUUCCAUAUGACUCAUGUGGGACUCAUCUUCUGCUUUUUCUCCUUGCAAUUCGCAUCUUUCUACAGUUGCAUCAACCGGUGUUGCACCAUCACUUACGAGAUCCCCUUCCUGGGCUAGCUUCAUCAUACAUGAAAAUACUAUCAGGCAUACUUUUUAGUCAAAUUUUCCCAUUCUUGGCGAUUUAGAAGAACUUAACCACAAUAAGUUGUCACUGAAAGUAAGACCAUGCAUGCUUUAUGACAAGACGAUGAUCCUAGAUCUGGCGUUCCCGGUCACAGCGGAAUCCUUCUCCCUGUGAUUUCUCUGCAUCUGAAAACAUGAUCGGAUUGAGAACUCUGAACAGAGUUUACCCUUUACAUUCUUCGCCCCUCUAGUGGCUGAGUCCGCUGCUGAUCUAAAUAUAUUCCAAAGAUCUCCCUGCAGUCGCCAAAAAAACGCAAGAACAUAGAUGUAGUUACAGUCUCCCUUUCUCCUAGCCUCCGCAUUCUUUACUGUAUCUGUCAUAUAGAUACUUCCAAUUGACUAAGAAAUGGUCGCACAGAAUCAAGCUGAUUCCUCUGAAACAAAUUGGUGCACCAGGUUGUGGGAACCAUCGGCUAUGCAGCCCCUGAAUACAUUCAGACAGGGAGGCUCACUGCCAAGAGUGAUAUAUGGAGCUAUGGCGUCGUCCUCUAUGAGCUCAUCACGGGUCGCCGCCCUCUGGAUCCAAACCGACCGAAGGGAGAGCAGAAGCUCCUGGAGUGGGUGAAGCCCUACAUUUCCGACGCGAAGAGAUUCCGCAUGAUCUUGGACCCAAGGCUAGAAGGCAAGUACUCCCUAAGGUCCGCCUAUAAACUUUCAAUGGUAGCAAACAAAUGCUUAGCCCGACAGCCUAAAACUCGGCCGAAGAUGAGCGAGCUGCUCGAGACAGUAAAGAAGAUAGUCGAGAGCGCGGAGAUCGGAAACCCAGAACGCUAUCUGAUUCCUUCAAGCGAAUCAGCACCUGAAGAAAAGAAAAACCGUGGACAAAAGUUGAAAUGGGGCUUUGGAGAUGGGAGGUGGCUGACCUGUAAACGGACCUGA